AUGAUGUUGAUAGAAAUAAUGAUUAUAGUGAGAAUGAAAAGAAGAUAUCAGCAUGUAUGCUAAAUGGAUUGGUGGAGAAUAUCAAUGUGGAAAAAAAUAAGGAACAUGAAGUAGACUCUAUUAUGGAAUUUUUAGAGAAAAUUUCCGGUGUACCACUUAAACCAAUAGAUUCUUUAUGGGAAAUAGGGAUUGUUGAGUUUAAAAAAUCAAACACAAAUGAAGAAGACUUUGGAAAGUUGGUUAG